AUGGGUCAUGAGACAGCCACCAACAACUACAAUGGACAUCUGUACACCCACUUGCAGCUGGUUCUAAAGGGUGAAAAACUACCCCGGAAGCAACUCGUGGUCAAGCAAACCUUAGUUAGCUCACCAACCAUUCUAGAUAUAUACCGUGAUGUCAAAGUGAGAAGAAAUAAACCAUUCAAGGGCCUGUCAAGCAAAUUGUUGAAUGAUGCUGAAUAUCAAUACCUAAAUCCACCAGAUGAGGAUUCUCAAAUGGAUGUGUUUGAUGAGGAUGACGACAUUUUGAGCGAAUUGAAUGCUACAGUUCUGGAGCCUCAAGUACCAGGGGUGGAGGAUCCCGAUUUUGAACUCACUCAAAUACUUAUAAAACACCAUUCUGUUUCGAUCAAUGGAAUUGAUUUUAGAUUUAAGUCUGCGGUGAGAUCAUGCUGCAUAAUAAGAGCCAGUCUAGCCCAAGAGGAGGAUCAUCUCCUCGUGUCAUUGAAAUCAGGGUUUCUACUAUUGCUAAGAAUUUUUCUAGUCCCCCGACAGACUACUGAAGAAGAUUAUGGAUACGAACCACUUCCAGAGGAAAAGGGCCUUAUUUUUAAACCUUUUAUUGUACAGUGGUGGAAGUUGCAACAAAGACACAAUUACCCCGAGCUCAAUACAAGCGGAUAUGUCCUCAAGUCAUCACCAUCAGGUCUUUCCGCUGUUUCAUUCUCCUCCUCACAGUCAUUUCGCAUUUACAAAACUUUAGAACAAUCAAAUACAGGAACAGUCCUACAAAGCCAUUUGAAUGUUCCAUUGAAUGGGAGUCUAAUAGAUUCUUGCUUCCUUGAUUCAAAAUCGGCAAUGCAAUCCGAAAUACUUUUGACCUUGAUUUUUACUGAGCACAGAAGACUAUACAUUAAUCUACUCUCCUGGUCCAGCUUUUAUUCCAACGAUAACCAUAUUUCCAAGUCCACCCUUCCAUUGGAAAAUACGUUUGAGAUACCCAUUUUCAUUGCUCCGUUGCUGCACAGCUCUGCAUUCCUAUUCGUCACACCCAACAAACUAACCGUUUUAUCAGUGCAUGAUAUCAUAUCGGGCCACCAUGAGUUCCAAAAGAUCGAUUUUGGCGCAGCUUGUUUCCCUACCAAUUUUUAUAUUCCAAGAUCACGCAUCAGGAGUAUGGGCGAUGAUGAGGUUGACGAAAUACUUUUCUCGUCAGAUAUAGGGGUCAUAUAUUCUGUUUUGAUUGCCAAAAAUGGGAUUAAGUCAAUAUCACCGAUUGCUAGAGUUUCCGACAGUAUAAGCACAUUCACAUUUGAGAGUACAUUUGAAGGAUACGAAUUGGUGUAUGCAAGUUCGGGAGGAUCAAACAAGAGCGUUCUACUAGAUAAGCUUUAUGAUGCAGAAUACAUAUAUGACAUUGAAGAUAUCACGAAGUUACCAUACUCCAGGGCCAUGUAUUUGGAAAACUUAAAUAACUGGGCCCCUGUGGUAGAUUUCCAGAUUGUUCCCUCAUCAUUGCCCGAUGAACUUGCAACCUUGAGGAAAGAUGAGCUAUGGGCUAUUACUGGGUCAGCAUCGAAAACCAAACUCUCGCACAUCAAAGAUGGAUAUUUCGGUGCAAAACAGAAUGACAGCUACCCUGAGCUAAGAAAAGUUUUACGCUCAUGGCUUUUGUCGUUCCAAUCUAAAUUGUAUUUGGUAUGCGCUUUCCCAUUUGAGACUAAAUUGCUUGAAUUCGAAGGACUGCAAGAUGAAGACCUUUUUGAGGUGGAAGAUUCUGGAAUUUUUAAAGAGGAGGAAACCAUCUUUUGUGGAGUUGUUCAUUUCCCAUCCUUCAUUGUCAAUGGCGUUGAUUUCGUGAUACAGGUUACUACAAGUUCGGUGCUAGUGACGGACUUGGGGUCAAAGUGCUCCUGCAUUGAAGACUUGUGCAUAAUUUUUGCAGAGAUGAUUGACAAUCAUCUUUUCUUGAUAAUUGAGAGGGAAGGAAACAUUUUACUUCACAAGUAUGCGAUUGAACCGAAAACAGCAGCCGGAGAUUUAUCUCCAGUCAUCGAUGUUUGUGUUGUGUCUGAGACGCCCAUAGAUUUCCAACCGUCAAUGAUGAAGAGAUGCAACUUUCGAGGUGGUGAGGUACUCGCCAUUGGAGCUUAUGAAGGAUUUGUCAAUUUUUAUCCCACAGAUAAGCCGAUAGUUUCAAUAAUGGAUGAAAUUGGAAGAAUACCUUGUGCUACCAAUGGCAUUCCCCGCGAUUUGGUAUCCACAAAGAGUCAUAUCUACGUUGGUAGUUCCGAAGGGUAUUUGGUUCUGUUCACGCAGGAGAACUUAUCUUGCGAAGAAAAUUUCAAAAUAGGCGAUUACGAAGUCAAACUUUAUCUCAGCGAGGACAAUGAUUUUGUUUACAUUCAAUGCCGAGAUUUAUUCAUGUUGGACUUGAAAGUGAAAUCAUACCCAAAGCCAGUUCAAUUCAAUGAUCUGAGUCCAAAAGCAGUGAAUGCAUUGAUUGAACUUCCCGCAAAUCCACAUUAUCUAGCUCACAAACGAUUGGGUCUUUUUCGAAGCAACGGUUUUGUAACUGCUCACGUCACAACAUACACACAGCCAGUCAUCAAGCAAGUACGUAUACCGGAUGAAACAAAGAGACUUUUAUUCCUAUCGCACAUUUCAACAUUUCUUUUGUUGGGGAACUCACGCAAGAGUAAACUAAAGUUUGUAGACCAUCAAACUUACAGAGUAUUGGACCACUCUGAAGCUAGCUCGAAGCGGUCCAUGGGAGAACAAAUUUUAAACAAGGAGGAAGUUGGUCUUUGCGCUUGUGUUUGGUCAAUUCAAAGGCGAGACAAUACUACACACAAGGUGCUUCUAGGGUGUUCCAACACCAAGAAUGAGAAAGUUUCUGGCCUGGUGAAAGUUUUGAAUAUAAAAAAGUUGAAAUCAAAUGGAAACUUGUCUAUUAGCGUUUUAGAAUUGUCUUCGUUUGAUCACUCUGGACCAGUGACCCAAAUACAACAAGUUGAUGAUAGAAUCAUUUUCUGUGAUGACAGGGCAAUCUAUUACACGUCGUACGAUGAAACUGAAAAGCGAUUUACACCAGUUGAAACAUUUACAAAACUUCCAAGUGAAAUCACGUCAUUUACUGUUUCGGAAAUGAAAAUUUUGGUUUCCACUAAAGAUGAUUCCGUUUUUCAAUUUGAUUCUUCACUGCUGACCAAUGUCAUUGCUUGUCACCCCAAAUCGAUAGCAAUGAUAAAUCAGGUGAAUUAUGAAGACAAGGUUAUGGUUAGCACUAAAAACUCACAAGUUAUUAUAAUGGAUAGCAACAACUCCACAUUGUAUCCAAUGAAGGGGACGAAAAUACACUUUUCAGGUGUUGUGAGACUUACUACUGCCAGUUUAAAUAAUUCUUGGUUCGAAAAUAAAAGUGUCGGCGAAAUUGUUCUUGGGAUGACGGUUAGUGGCGAAGUCUUUUUACUUCGACUUGUGGAUGAACACGGCAACGAGAUUGAAAAUCUUAUUGCCAAUUUCAACAAAAACUCAGCCUUCGAAUUGUCUUUAGUGGACUACUUGAACAAGUUGAAUCGUCCAUUCAUAGGGAAAUUGAGUGGAACCGGAUUGUUAUCACUCAACAAGCCGUAUUUUGAUUAUCCUGGGAAUAGGCAUGACCCCGAAUCAAAGUUACCCGAGGUUUUGGACUCCAAUCUCGAUGAAGUGGCGACGAAUAUGACUCAAUUUAAUUUCUGA